GUACUACAUGUAGGCACUAGCUUAUCUGCAGACGUCGGAAAGAGUACAAUAGUUUAUAAAAAGAAGUUUAAAAUUACAGAUCCUGUUUAAAAGGCAACCAGUAGCUCUUUUCACCUUCAAAAGCAGACAAACAAGCCUAAAAAUACUUGUUGAGCUUUCUUUACUAAUUCACCAAUGUCUGAGGAAGUUGCUUAUGCACAUCUAAAAUUCCCAGAAUCCAGAAAGACAGAAACUGUCCAGGAGCUUCACAGAGUUGGGACAAAAGCAUGUCCUGCUCAUUCCCAUACAUGGCGUCAGACAGCCUUCACUCUGACUCUUAUAUGCCUUUUGCUGCUCAUUGGACUAGGAAUCUUAGGAAGUAUAUUUUAUACCACUUUGAAGAUAGAAACAGAAAAACUGAAUAAACUGGAAAAUUUCAAAGAAGAACUUCAGAGAAACAUUUCCCUCCAACUGAUAGCUAACAUGAAUAAGUCUGAAAAUAUAAGAAAUCUCUCUAUUGCUCUGCAAGAUUUGGCCACCAAAUUAUGUCGUGAGCUGAAUAGAGAAGAACCAGGGCACAAAUGUAAACCUUGCCCAAACAGUUGGAUGUGGUACAAGAAUAACUGUUAUUUCUUAUCUGAAACAUAUCAAACAUGGCAAGAGGGUGAAAUAUCAUGUUCUGCUCAGAACGCCAGCUUGUUGCAGAUUGAGGAGAAUAGUACAUUGGAAUUUAUAAAAUCCAAAAAACUAUAUAGUUAUUGGCUGGGAUUACCACCAAAACAAGAUGACAAAAACUCAGAGGAAGUGGAUGAAAACAUUAUCUCCUCAGACAAGCUUAAGAGAAACAUGGAUAAGAUGCAUUGUCGCUAUAUAUAUGGAACAAAGUUUUUUUACGCUUCCUGCACAGAGAAAUAUAAGGUUGCUUGUGAGAAGAAGGCCAAUUCAGUGAAGGUUGAAAGCGUGAUAACAAGUGAAGACACAGAUGGAAGAAUAUAGUUAAUUGUUUUGCUUCAGAUUUUAUCUUGCAGUGGAAGAAAUGCACAAUUUCUGAAUAGUAAAAGGGAUACACAUUUUGUGAUUAAGUUUCUACCUCUUUCCUAACAUUUAUGUCUUUGUACUUUCUCCUACGUCAAACCUUAUCAUCUACGUACAGCCCCAAAACUGUUCAGAAUAAAGGCAGCACUUGCUGGUGGAUACAGGAA